AUGUUACUUAAAUUUUGGCCCAUAUAUAUCCCCCUCAUUUGUUUCUUGACAUUGAAGCCGCAGUACUUUACCCCCAACAUCAAUGUCUUUGCCUUAGGAGACGAGACUGAUCAUCUGUCAUUGCUCAAAUUCAAGGAAUCCAUAUCCACUGAUCCAUAUGGAAUGUUGCUACCUUGGAAUACUUCUACUCACUUCUGUAAUUGGCAUGGAAUCAGAUGCAAUCUCACGCUUCAAAGAGUUACAGGCUUGAACUUGCAUGGAAUCAGAUGUUUUGUGGGACAAGUUCCAAGUCUGGGAAAGCUACAAGAUCUUCUCCUUUUAUCAUUUUCUUCAAACAAUCUUGGAAACAAUUCAACUUAUGAUUUGGAGUUUCUAAAAUCAUUGACAAAUUGUAGUAAGUUGCACAUAUUAGGUAUAUCCGAAAAUAAGUUUGGAGGUCAUUUACCUGAUACCUUGGGAAACUUAUCCACUCAGCUCAGUCAACUAAUUCUCGGGGAUAAUCAAAUAUCAGGAAAAAUCCCUGCAGCAAUAGGAAAUUUUGUUGACUUAACUCUCUUGACUAUGUAUGAUAGCCGCAUGGAAGGGAUUAUCCCAACAACUUUUGGGAAGUUUCGAAAGAUGGAAGUGUUAGGCUUAAGGGGAAACGAAUUAUCGGGAGAGAUAGGAGCCUUCAUAGGCAACCUUAGUCAUCUGUUCUAUUUGGAAAUGGGAGCAAACAUGUUAGAAGGGACUAUUCCUCCAAGCAUAGGAAAUUGCCAGAAGUUACAAUACUUAAGCCUUGCACAAAACAACCUUAAAGGAACAAUACCUUUGGAGGUUUUUAAUCUUUCCUCUCUGACAAACUUACUGGAUUUGUCAGAAAAUUCAUUGAGUGGCUACAUACCUAAAGAAGUGGGAAACCUUAAAAAUAUUGAUAUUCUAGUUAUGUCUAGGAAUCAUUUGUCUGGUAACAUUCCUGGAACUAUUGCGGAAUGCAUAAUGUUGGAGUACCUUUUUUUGCAAGGUAACUCUUUGGAUGGAAUCAUACCAUUCUCUUUGGCAUCACUCAAAGGUCUUCGGAGUCUAGACUUGUCACAAAAUCGCUUAUCUGGGUCAAUUCCAUAUGUUCUGCAAAACAUUUCUUUCUUGGAAUAUUUCAAUGUAUCGUAUAACAUGUUAGAGGGUGAGGUACCAACUGAAGGUGUCUUUCGGAAUGCAAGUGAGGUAGUGGUGACUGGAAAUAGUAAGCUUUGUGGAGGCAUUUCAGAAUUGCAUCUUCCACCAUGCCCUGUCAAAGUUAAGAAACUUGUAAAACACCACAAGUUUAGGCUGAUACCAGUGUUAGUUAGCGCGAUUGUUUUUCUUCUCAUACUGUCAAUUAUUCUAACUUUCUACUUGAUAAGGAAAAGGAGUAAGAAAUCAUCGUUGGAUUCACCAACAAUUGCCCAGUUGGCUAAAGUUUCAUACCAGAGCUUACACAAUGCAACCGAUGGUUUCUCAACUACAAACUUGAUAGGGUCUGGAAAUUUUAGCUCUGUCCAUAAAGGAAAUCUUGAGUUAGAAGACAAAGUUGUUGCCAUAAAGGUCCUAAACCUUCAAAGGAAAGGAGCUCACAAGAGUUUCUCUGCUGAAUGCAAUGCACUAAAAAAUGUUAAACAUCGAAAUCUGGUUCCAAUUUUAACAUGUUGUUCCAGCACAGAUUACAAAGGUCAAGAAUUUAAAGCUCUAAUUUUUGAGUACAUGAAAAAUGGGAGUUUAGAGCAAUGGUUGCAUCCGAGGACACUAGUUACAGAUAAUCCAAGAAUAUUGAAGCUCGACCAAAGAUUAAAUGUCAUGAUUGAUGUUGCUUCAGCAUUGCAUUAUCUUCAUCAUGAACGUGAGCAAUCUAUCAUUCAUUGUGAUUUAAAGCCAAAGAAUGUCCUUUUUGAUGAUGACAUUAUCGCCCAUAUGAGUGAUUUUGGCAUAGCAAGACUUCUGUCAACCAUCAACAAUACCACUUCUAAGAAAUCAAGUACACUAGGCAUAAAAGGGACCAUUGGCUAUGCUCCUCCAGAGUAUGGAAUGGGUUCUGAGGUGUCUAUGAAUGGAGAUGUGUAUAGCUUUGGGAUUCUUAUGCUGGAAAUGCUUACUGGAAGAAGGCCUACUGCUGAAAUCUUUCAAGAUGGUCAAAAUUUGCAUAACUUUGUAGCAAAUUCAUUUCCUGAAAAUCUCUUACAAAUAUUGGAUCCAUUGCUUGUAGUAAAAGAAGCAGAAAUAAGCACAAAAGAAGAAAUUCAGAAUCUUACUCCAACUACAGAAGUGUGCUUAGUUUCACUGUUCCAUAUUGGACUUGCUUGUGUAAAGGAAUCACCCAAAGAAAGGAUCAGUAUGGUGGAUGUUACUAGAGAGCUGAGUAAAAUCAAAAGAGCCUUUAUUUCUGGUAAGGUAAAUAGAAAUUAUGAACUAUCAAACCUGACUUUAUAUUCCAUUAUGAACCUUUAA